GUGUCGGAGAUGAGUUACCCCGGUUAUCCUCCAGCAGGUGGCAGCUACCCGCCCGCAUCCGGCCCAUAUCAGCAGCCGGCAGCCGGGUACCCUCCUCAGCCUGGAGCGUAUCCCCCACAGGCCGGAUACUACCCCCCGCAGCCCGGAGCCUUCCCCCCGCAGCCCGGAGCCUUCCCCCCGCAGCCAGGAGCCUUCCCUCCUGGAGCAGGAUACCCUCCCCAGGCUGGCGGGUACCCAGCGGCCCCGGGUGGAGGAUUCCCCCCGCAGGCUGGAGGAUACCCCGCCGCUCAGCCCGGGGCAUACCCUAACAUGCCCGCUGCAGGUGGAUGGGGGGGCCAUCCCGGCUUUGGAGCUCCAGCCGGAGGCAUGCCCCAGGGUUACCCAGGAGUCCCAGCACCAGGACAGCAGCCCAUGCCGGCAUAUCCUGGAGCUCCAGUCCCGAACCCAGGCAUGCCCGGGUAUGGAGGAGGCGCCCCGACUGGACCAACUCCACCCGCUCCUGCUAUCAACAGGGGUUUUCGUGGGACCAUAAAGGAUUUUCCUGGUGCGGAUCCUCUUCGAGAUGUGGAGGUGUUGCGGAAAGCCAUGAAGGGCUUCGGAACGGAUGAAAACGCCAUUAUUGAGCUUCUGGGCAGUCGAAGCAACAAGCAGCGUGUGCCUUUGCUGGCGGCGUAUAAAACCACCUACGGAAAGGAUCUGGUUCGUGACCUGAAGUCAGAGCUGACGGGACACUUUGAGGAGUUGGUUCUGGCCAUGCUUAAAUCUCCUGCACAGUUUGAUGCAUCUGAGUGCAAGGAAGCCAUAUCAGGUGCAGGAACAGACGAGGCCUGUCUGAUAGAGAUCCUGUCCUCUCGCAGCAAUGCAGAGAUUCAGGAGAUCAACAGAAUCUAUAAAGCAGAGUACGGUAAAUCUCUGGAGGAUGCCAUCAGCAAUGACACUUCUGGACAUUUCCGCCGCCUGCUCGUCUCUCUCUGCCAGGGUAAUCGUGACGAGAGAGAGACUGUGGACAUCUCUCUGGCCAAGCAGGAUGCUCAGAAACUCUACAGUGCUGGAGAGAAUAAAGUGGGCACAGACGAGUCUCAGUUCAAUGCCAUUCUCUGUGCCCGCAGUAAACCUCACCUCAGACAGGUGUUUCAGGAGUACCAGCAGAUGUGCGGUCGGGACAUCGAGAAGAGCAUCUGCAGAGAGAUGUCUGGAGACCUGGAGUCCGGCAUGGUGGCAGUGGUGAAGUGCAUUAAAAACACUCCUGCCUACUUUGCUGAACGCCUCCACAAGGCCAUGCAGGGCGCAGGAACUAAAGACCGGACUCUGAUCCGCAUCAUGGUUUCCCGCUCUGAGCUGGACAUGCUGGACAUCAGACAGGAGUACCUGCGGCUGUUCGGCAAAUCCCUCUACACUCACAUCUCUGGUGACACUUCUGGAGAUUAUAAGAAGCUGCUGCUGAAACUCUGCGGAGGAAGUGACUGAAGAGCAGGAGGACAGAGCCGUUUCCAUGACGACUGGAUAUCUGACAUCAUAUUAAUAUCACUCAUUUAUCGAUAUGUCAGAUGUGUCAUGUUAACUGAUCCUGUAAUCACACCUUUAUUAAGUUCACAACCAAAAUAGCAUUUCAUUUGUGCCUUAGACACGUACAGAUAAUAAUAUUGCAGUCUAUAUUUAGCCGUCUAACCUGACUAUGCAUGAUAUGUAGAGGAUACAGCUGUCUUUUGUAUUUGUGUGUACAGUACUGUCUUCAGAUGCCAAAACCAAAACUGCAAUCAUCUCUUCUGUGAAAAUCAUCGUUCAGAUGCCUUGGAAAUAUUACACUUGAAGUUCUGAAAUGUUUCUUUAUGUAAAGUGAGCUUUAUAUCUCUAUGCAAGACACAAAUAUAUAUUGAAUUAUGACAAUCUUUAUGAAGGUCUACGUGUGUAAAUCUCACAGAAACGUCUCAUAAUUGACCCCAAUAUCAAGAGAAAUCAAGAAAUACUUUGCUUAUAAAAUGUAAAUCCUAUUUUAGGAAUGUUUUUGGUUAUAUUAUAGUUUUUUCAUAUUACAAUUAGGCAUUAUUCAUCCUUAAUUUACAUUAAUGUAUCUGGCUGUUUAAUUUGUGCAUGAUUUAUUAGUGGUAAUUCUUAAUAACUUUGCUGGAAAAACAUAUAUAUUUUCUUCUUUUUAUGCAACUUAAAUUGUUUUUAAUGUGCAAAAAAACUGUUUAAGUUGCAUAAAAAGAAGUAAUGCAUAACAUGUAAUGCAUAUUAAUGGUCGUAAAACAGGCUUAAUUUUCAUGCAUGUUUUAUUAUUAAAUGUUUAAUAAUAUUAAUAAUUCUUUGAUUUGCUUUAUUUGAGUCUGGGGUGAGCUAUGAGCAGUUUCAGUGAGGUUUGACCCUGAUUAUUAUAGUGAAUGUGCAUCUCUGCAGCAGUAGAGGGCAGUGUACAGUGAGCAAUCUUUCCUCAUGAUAAUCAUCAUCAUCAUCAGUAAUUAAACAGGAGGUUCAGCCUGUUCAUCAUCAUGAAGACAGACAGCUCUAGUUUUCUAACAUCUUCACUCUAACCUGUAUUGUAUAAUAACUCGUGUCUGAUUAAUAAAGCACUCACAGCUCUUG